UCCGGUGUCGUGGCGCUCGCGUAUACAGAACAGUUUCACACAUCAAACAGAUAAUCAACGGAUAAACAUCAGAAACAUGAUUUCAUUAUCAGACUCGCAAAAGAUUGGGAUGGGCUUGACGGGCUUCGGUGUGUUCUUCCUCUUCUUUGGGAUGAUUCUGUUCUUUGAUAAAGCUCUCUUGGCCAUUGGAAAUAUAUUGUUUGUUGCAGGUCUGUCUUUUGUUAUCGGACUGGAACGGACAUUUCGGUUCUUUUUCCAGCGGCAUAAAAUGAAAGCCACUGGUUUUUUUCUGGGAGGAGUGUUUGUGGUGCUCAUCGGAUGGCCCAUCAUAGGUGUUGUGCUGGAGGUCUAUGGAUUUUUCCUCCUUUUCAGGGGUUUUUUCCCAGUAGCCGUUGGCUUCAUCAGACGAGUGCCUAUACUUGGAUCUUUACUGAAUCUUCCGGGUAUUAAAGGGUUAGUGGACAAAGUUGGCGAGAGCAACGCGAUGGUAUAACGGUUACUGGCUUCUGUUUUUAGUUUUCUAUGAUUGUCUCAUAUUUAUAUUUGUAAAAGGCGUCUCUGGCUUGCG